UUGACUAACUAGCAAACCGAAUACACUCAAAAUACAAAAAUUCACGCAUAAAAUAUUCAACUAUUAAAUCCUAUUGCUUAUCAAAAUUCCCCAUAUGAAUUGUUGCAAGGCGCCACAGUCGGAUAUGCAGCAGCAGGAGGAGUGGGAGCGGGAGCGGGAGCCGGAGCCGGCGCGCGAGGCUGAGAGUGCGGAGAACGAACACUCCAACGAAUUAAAUGAGCUGCUGGACGAGGAAUUUGAGUCGAUGCGUCGCGUCGCUCAGGGCAUAUGCCAGUCGCUGCUCAGGCCCAAGGACAAGGAAUGCUGCCGCACCAUGCUCGAAGAUCUGGCCAAACUGAAUCAAUCCGAUUCGCCGGAGGUCAAGGAGAACGUGCACAAAUUUCUGACAUUCUAUUUGAAGGCGCUGCGCUGGACGCAGAAAAAUCAACCGCAGGAAUUGUACGAGAAGUGGUACGGCAACAGCUCGGUGCCCAUUGCCCAGGAUAUGGACGCUGAACAGCGUGUCUGGGUGGAGGAGGGGCGCUCGUAUGCGGCCAUGAAAGAGUUCGAGGAUGGCUCCACCCUUGUGUACGUGGCCACGUCCAAGGAUCCCCAUGCCGAGUGGAACGCGUCCGGUCUCAAGUCCUUGGCGCAGCCCGAUGGUCGCUUUUGAAUGGUCUCUAUGGUAUAUAUUUCGAUUUGUAGGCUGGUGUUUAGCUAGCUUAAGGCUAAAUGGACAUGCAAAAGUGGACGGAAUAAAAAAGUUAUCCUUGGCUUAA